AUGAACCCAACCGAGCAACUCUCCACCACUACCACGCCGACAGCAGAUCCCAAUCAGCACAUCGUAGUGCAAACAAUGCAAGAAAUCGCCCUCAUCCGCCGCGACAUCGACCGCCGCUUCACCAUGGCAAACACCACACCCGUUCCCCUCGAAGAAUUCGAAGCCCUCUCUAACCACAUCUAUAUCCGGAUGGUCCAAGUAGGUUAUCGUAUCUGCCAGCACCAGAACUUGGUACAGAGAUACACCUUGGCCACAGCGUUCGCUCGCUACUUGGGGAAAAUCCCUGCGGCUUCUGGGGUUCUGUGA